GUGUGUUUCUGAGUAGAACCAGUUUUUUCAAAACAACUGAGUUAAAACAACUGGUUCUUAAAACUCAAGAGAGAUGAAAUUCCCAUGCUGUUACCACAAUUACCGUCCAUAUGUAUGCUUUGUGAUCAGUCGUGGGUUUCCAACACGAAAUUCAUGCAGACCUUGCUUGACCCACUGGCUCUGGCUCAAUGAAGGGGAACCAUGAAGGAGAGGCCUCACAAUAGAAAGGGCAGCAACGACAUUGUUAGAAUUGAAUAUUUAUAGGUGCUGUGAAUUCAACCUUCUGUCCGCACGAAAGGGAACGUCCGGGUAUUAAAGUUGGCUUUGUAUAGUGGUUUUCAGUACCAGUUCCCACUGCAGUGUGGGCUUGUGUACUGUCUUGUUUUCUGCAUGUAAAGAAGACGCAGGCGUAGUAUAUCCGGUGUGUUGUGAAGUAUUGCAUGCAUGCUGUCCUGUACUUUUAAAGAUAUUCUAAACUAUUCGUCGACCUGCUCUACAGAUGUCGGACGAAAGCCUACUAAGUCACAAGAAACGGACCAUGAACAAGAACAUUGGUGUAAUGGCGGAACACGACAGUAGCCCUUCCGAUUCCAGUGGGAGCGUAAGUGUUGUUCCUUCUGGAAGGAGAUCCUCCAGCGAUGAAAAGGUUCAUCUGCGACGAGAACUCGGAUUGGUAAAAGCAAUUUCAAUCGUGAUGGGGACUAUCAUUGGAUCCGGGAUCUUCAUCUCACCUCAAGGAGUCUUACGAGGAACACAAAGUGUCGGGCUGAGCUUGAUCAUUUGGCUUGUGUGUGGACUGGUCUCCUUGGCUGGCGCUCUGUGUUUUGCUGAGCUGAGCAUCGUCACAGGCAAAUCUGGGAGCCAGUACAUUUACCUGAAGGAGGCCUACGGUGAUAUCCCGGCAUUCCUGUACUCCUGGACUUCCAGCCUCCUGACACGACCAGGGGGUCAGGCCCUGGGGACCCUGGCCAUGGGGACGUACAUGGCUGAGUUCCUCGUACCCGGAGACUGUCCGAGCCCAGAUAUUCUCAUCAAGCUGUUUGCUGUGUUGGCUCUCAUGAUCGUGGGGUUUGUGAAUGCCGUCAGUGUCAAGUGGACAACCCACCUCCAUGUUGUUUUCACGGUGUCAAAGGUCAUCGCGCUGCUCAUCAUCGUCGCUGUCGGCGUGUGGAUGAUGAUACAAGGUCACACUACACACAUCAGUCCCAGUGUAUCCUUCCGCGGCUCCAACACAAAGGUCCUGACUCUAACAGCUGCUUUCUACCAAGGCUUGUACCCGUACGACGGAUGGGGGUCUUUGAACACCGUGUACGAAGAAAUUAAAAAUCCAAAAAGAAACGUUCCUCUUGCCGCCAUUGUUGGUAUACCGGCUAUCAUAGGCAUCUACAUCCUGGUCAACAUGUCGUAUCUAACUGUCCUCACACCUGAUGAGCUCAUUGCAUCUGACGCAGUCGCAGUGAAUUUUGCCGAGCGAUCUCUGGGGGUAAUGUAUUGGGUAAUACCCCUCGGUAUCUGCAUAUCUAUGUUCGGUGCGUGCAUGGGCAACGUCUUGGCCGACGCCAGGCUUCCGUACGUGACGAGCCGUGAAGGUCACAUGGUACAAUUUCUGAGCAUGAUCAGCGUCAACAGAAGAACUCCUCUGCCCGGUAUUUGCCUGGAGGUCUUGAUUUCGCUGUUUCUGAUAGCCAUCGGUUCAUUCGACACCUUGCUUUAUGGUCUGAGCUUCGCUGGCUGGGGGUUCUAUGGUGCAUCAGUCUUGGCCGUCCCAGUCCUCCGCUACAGACAGCCCAACCGACCAAGACCCUUCAAAGUUCCCAUCAUUCUGGCUAUUUUAGUUUUCAUCUGCUCUCUGUACCUCGUUAUUUCGCCGUUCGUAAACGGACCCGACAUCGAGAUCAUCUACGCAUGUCUGUUUAUUCUGUCUGGGCUCGUCUUCUAUUUUCCUUUCGUCCACUUCAAGUUGCGGCCGCGCGUUGUAGGUCACAUAACAACAUUUCUGCAGAAGUUGUUUGUUGUUGUUCCCUCAAAUUAUGUGGCACCAGAGUAAAAAAAGGAGCCUUUUGUAUAUUUAUGGUCGAUUACAUGAAAGGCUCGGAAUUCAAUCUGGUGUAUAGAAUCGUCGAUAUGAUAAUGAAUAUUCAUUAACUAAGUACAUGAUUAUUCAUUAACUAACCACUUUUUCAUUUAACUUUGAAUUUCGCCAUAAUUAUAAGAGCGGUCUUUUUAAAAUUUAACUUAUGGAUAUUCAUUUAUGCAUAUUUUCAUUGUAGGGUUACAGGUGUUAUAAGGUAUUAGAAUUUGUUCAAUUAUUAUACAAGUAAUGAAUGUUUAUGAGUGCAAUGGUAAGAAUAAAUUCUUGAGGUGACAAUGAAAUAGGUGAAGCCAAGUGGAAUGGAACAUUCAGUCUGUCACCGAUUGCAAACAAUCAUUAUUGUUUUAUAUAACACCUGAAUAAAUCCUCAACAUCUGAUAGGUCAGAUCCAUCAAUCGUGUGAUCGUGCAAUGGAACUUCUAUUUACCAUGGAAUAGAACUUCUAUUUCUGCGGUGCAGCUGGGCCGUGGGUUGGACGAAUUAUAAAAUGAGAUGUGAUCAACGACCUACCAAUCAGAUUACAGGGAUUUCUUCAGGCGUAACUGUAUAACACAGAAUUUCAUAAAGGCAUUUCCAUUUUGAGGUUAGAAGGGAUUUUUUUAAAAUAUGUUAAGUAGAUAAAUAGGAGACAAAUGCAAUAAUCUUGGACACAUGGCAAAAGAUGCAGACAUUUAACAGUAAUUUAUUGAUGGCAACUUAUUUUAGGAUUAGGGCUUCAUUUAAUUUUCACAUUUUUACUUUUUAAAUAUUAACAAAUUUAUAUGGAGCUGUUCGAUAUAUCUUUUUCAU